AUGCCUCUCACGAAACAGUACCUUUCUUACCAGUGUCUCAGCACCUUUGGGCUCGUGACUGGGCGCUCCAGCAACGCUCUACUCGUAGCUGGAGGUGAUAGACCUCUGGUCAUCUCUCCUUGUCUGGAUAGCGUUGUGAUUUGGGACCCCAAAACCUCCAACAAGGUGAACACCCUGCAAUGUGACAGUGAGGUGUGUGUGGUUGGACUGAGUUCAGACUCCUCUCGGCUGGUGGGAGGCUGUGAAAACGGUUCUGUCCGUGUGUGGGAUCUCUCUGAAGCCAGACUGUUACUCACGCUCAGUGGCCACAAGUCUGCUGUGAGUUGCCUGGCCUUCACCAGUGAUGGAACUAGGGUUGUGUCCGGAUCAAAGGACACCACUGUCAUAAUGUGGGACCUCAUUGCCGAGUGUGGACUGUAUCGACUGAAGGGCCACAAAGGACCUGUGACUGACUGUCGUAUCCUACCAGAGUGCAAUGUCCUCAUCACAAGCUCAAAGGAUGGACUGGUGAAGGUCUGGGACUUGGACACUCGGCACUGUUUCCAGACCAUUCCCAUGCACCGUGCGGAGGUCUGGUGUCUGGAGGUGUGCAGGGAGAUGCUCGUUAUUGGCUCAAACAGACUGUCAAAGUUCAAAUUACAGCCAUCCAGUCAGGAGGAUAAGGUACCCCUGAUUAUUAGCGAGGACGGUCAGGUGACCAGCUCCGGUCAAGAUAGAGCACUCAAAAUCAAAGCCGAUAGGGAGGGCAGACAUUUUGUGUCGCUGAGGGCUGACUCCACUUUGGAGGUGUUUCUAGUUUUGACACCUGAAGAGAUUGAAAAGAAGGACAAGAAGAAGGCAAAGAAAGCUCUAAAGAAAGAAAAACAAAUUGCAAAGAAAACGGACAUGUUGAAGCUGGUCUGCCAAAUGAAGUGCAAGUCAAAAGCAAGAUCGUUUGAUAUCCUCUGUUGGCAUGGAGAGUUAUUGGUGCUGCUGGUUCUACAGGACAAUAGUUUAGAGCUUCACACACUCACAGACUCACAACUUACACUCAAGCACUCCAUCACAUCUCCGGGUCACCGUAGCGACGUUAGGACCGUCUGUUUCAGUUCAGAUGAUUCAAAGAUUCUCACUGGGUCUGCUGAGGCAGUCAAAGUCUGGAACGCUGACACACUGCGUUGCAUUUCCACUCUGACCUCCGGCUAUGCCCUCUGUUCAACCUUUGUACCUGGUGACCGACAAGUCGUUCUGGGCACUAAGGGUGGUUCAGUACAGGUAUUUGACCUGUCCUCUGCAUCGCUCCUGGUGGACCUACAGACUGCCCACUCUGGUGCAGUGUGGUCUCUCGUCCUCUCCCCUGACAAGAGGGGAGUGGUUACUGGGUCAGCUGACCAGACUGUCAAAUUCUGGGAUUUUGAGCUAGACAACCAAAAAUUGUCACUAUCUCAUGUGCGAACACUAAAGAUGUCUGAAGAUGUGCUGAGUGUGCUUUUCUCCCCCGAUGGCCGUCUCUUGGCAGUGGCCCUCCUCGACUCAACGAUCAAGCUCUUCUUUACUGACUCUCUCAAGUUUUUCCUCUCCAUGUAUGGACACAAGCUUCCAGUUCUCUCCAUGGACAUAUCCUCGGACAAUACUUUACUGGCCAGCUGUUCUGCUGACAAAAACAUUCGUAUCUGGGGUUUGGAUUUUGGAGAUUGCCACAAGUCUCUGUUUGCUCAUGAUCAAAGUGUCUCGUCCAUCUCGUUUGUCCCUGGGACUCAUCAGAUGAUCUCCGCUGGAAAGGAUGGUCUGGUGAAGAGAUGGGACGCCGACAACUUUGAGCAUAUACAAACUCUCGAGGGCCACUGUGCUGAGGUCUGGUGUCUGGCAGUGAGCAGCAAUGGUGGAUUAGUGGUGUCCGGAUCACAUGACCACUCGAUGAGGGUGUGGGAGCGCACACACGAGCCACUCGUACUGUCUGAGCAGCGAGAAAUUGAGCGUGAGAAGGUUCUGGAUCAGCUGGCAGGAGGGGAUGGGCUGGAGAGAGUGGUGCCUGGAGAGAAAGAUGAGGAGGCUGUGCUGCCAUCAACAAGAUCAAAGGACACCCUCAGCUCAGCAGACAGACUGAUGGAGGCAUUGUCUAUCUGGCAAGAGGAUAGAGCCACCUGGGAGGAACAUCGGAAACUCAGUGAGGGGGGCUCAAAGCAGCCCCCUCUACCAUCUGCCCACCCCAUCCUGGUAGCCAUGGGUAACAUUAAGGCUGAGCGCUACGCACUUAACACCCUCAAAAGCAUUCGAUCAAGUGAGCUGGAAGAGAGCUUGCUUGUCCUACCCUUCCACCAAGCAGUCCUCCUACUACAACUGUGCACCCUCUGGCUACAAGGCCGAUGGGAGGUGGAGUUGACUUGUCGCUGUCUCCUGUUUGUCAUGAGGGUACAUCACAACCAGCUGGUCAGCACUCGUGACCUCCAACCCCUAAUGACAGAGUUGCAAAAACACACUCAUUCUGCAGUCCUGCAACACAAGGAAUUGUUUGGUGUGAACCUGGCUGGCCUGAAUUACCUCAGAGAGCAGCUGGCUAGAAGUGGACAGGAUGUGUUUGGAGAGGUCACUGAACUUGCAAGGAAGAGACACAAAAGAAAUUAAUGAUGUCAACUUGUUUAAAAAACUGUUAUCAUAGUUACAUGAUUGUGGUAUCUCUGUUUAUGUUACUUCAACUAACUUCAAAGAAUUUGGUUGCUUUGAUGUUAACCCAAGCUGUACUACAAAGAAGACUGUGGUUGACAUUAGAGCAUAGUUAUAGUACACAGUUAUUGCAAUGGACAUGUAGUGGGAAAAUAAGUUAAAUUGUGCAGUGAUUGCUAGUUGAUUCUUUAGUUUAUAGUUUGUCGAUUUCUUCCCCUAGGUAUGUAUCCACACCAGACAUAUCCCCACCACAAUAGACGUUGCCUUCGUUCGUAUAGGCAUUUAUUGCAUUUGGUGUUUCUUCGUCUUGGGGCAUCUUGCAACAAGCUAUGAAUUUCUGAGGACACAUUUUCCAUGAGCUGACAGUUUUUUUCGACCAUAUCCACACUCCGGUGAGAAUUCCGGUCAUUAGGAACAUCAAAAAUCGGACCAUAAACACGGCAGGGUUUGCUCUCACACAGUCAGUACAUGUCUCGUCUAUGGGAGUCCAGUAAGGUUGUGAAACAAGCUCGUACACAAAACAGCCAAUCACAAUACAGGCAGGAAGGAUGAAAACGACAACAAAUACUCCAAUUCUCACGACCAGUUUUUCUAGAAUGGAACUCUCAGCAGACUUGCCCUUACUUUUCAUUACAGUCCGUAUCUUUAGGAUACUAAUAAACCCGAUAGUCAAGAACACACUUCCAGUUAGUAGGCAAACCACGAGAGGGACAAUCACGCCCAGCAAUAGAGCCAGGAAGGACAUGUUACUAGCGUCUCUUACGAUAAAGCAAAUUCCAGUGAGUUCGUCCGCACCCACGACCCUUGUAGCCACUAGCACUAUAGUCAAUAGUAGUGGCAGUACCCAGGCUAUUACGUGGUAGAAUGGAGCCAAAUGGGCUACAGCUUCGCUACUCCAAGAGACGGCAGACGCAAGGAACCAGCUGAAGGAGAGGAUAAGCCACCAGAGGAACGCUGCCAUCAUCGUGAAAUAAAGGAGUCCAAACACAAGAAUGCAUGGAGUGUGGCCCCAGGUCCAGGUGAUAGAGGUUUGUACAAACUCCCCUCCAGGGCAAGUGACAGUGUUGCGUCCGAUUAUCAUUGACAGGAAGUGUGUGAGAGAGUGGAGAUUAAAGCAGAGUGCAAGAUAGACAACAGGUCUCCAUGGGUACGGAAAUCGCGAAGUGUCAAUAAGGAAGGUUGCCAAGGUGAGAGUGGUGGAGAGAAAACAAACAAGAGACCAAAAUACUAACCAACCGAGGGCAAAGUUUUUUGCUGAAUCGGUAAAGAACUUCUCAGCAGGACAUUCGGAAAAAUUUCCACGAUUAAUUGAGAGAGUGGUGAGUGGAUCAGUAAUCUGUGGAGGUGUUGGUGGUACAGUGUAGCCAACAAUUUCAGUUACUAACGAAUCAUCCAGCCCAACACAAUUAGUGGUGGGAUACCUGUGGUGGGAAAAACAAGAGUCACAACUUGUACAAAAUGUCAACACUAAAAUGUGUGGAUUGCUUCUAAUACGCACCGGCCACAAUUGAGUAAGCAUCCUACAUCGUUGUUGUUAAGACCGGUUAUUUGUAAGUCAUCUUGGCAGGCACCUUCAACUGCAUUGCACAAAUCGACACAAGGCAUUCGAUGGCCACUGUCAGUACACUCUGGAGAUAAGGCCAGACACACCAGUAGCUCAGAGAGUUCUGAACAUCGUAGGCUGACCAGUGCGUUGUAGAACUGAAUGCCAUUAGUUGCCUCUUCCUGGCUGGCAGUAAUGUUGUUGGGAUAGAAGGAAGUGGGAUAGUACCGUUGGCACUGGAAGACACUGUUCACACAUGUAGGAGAGGGGCUGGAGAAAAUAUACACAUAAAAGUCAUACUGAAACACACAGACAGACACAAGAAACAGUAGUAGCAAGCAUCAAUCUCACCACAAGCAUGGAAGUUUUAAUAGGUUGAUGGGACUAGAGAAAGACUUACUCGGCUUGUCUCCCGUUGCAGACAUCAGGAGACAAAAUUUGAGAGAGGGAGCGACCCACAAACAGAAGGAGCAAGAACAUAGAUAGCAGCUUCAUUGUCUUGCGGAUCCAGUAAACAACUCUUAACUUUUCUAGUGUCCACAGGGAAA